CACAUCCACAGAUAUGGCUCGGUGAGAAGGCACAUGGCGGCGGCGGCUAACCAUGAACCAAAAAAAUAAAUCACCAAAAAACAGUUCAUGCAUCAGUAGCAACCCGAUUUCGUUUAUUUUGGAUUCAACCAUUGCAACAACUGCCUUAGACAUACAAUUGGUUUUAACUGUCACGGGGGAGAGAAGCUAGCUAGCAACUUGGAACCACCCCCCUCUCUCUUCUCCAGUUUUACUGAGCUAUUUUACUCGGUUUUUAAACAGUUUUUGGUUGCAAUCGCUCUUUUUUUAAAGACAGUCAUCAUGGGUGUGCAAGGUUUCCAAGAAUACAUAGAAAAGCACUGCCCUACUGCCGUGGUACCGGUGGAGCUCCAGAAGCUAGCCCGGGGCAGUCUCGUCGGAGGAGGCAGGCAGAGACCACCUCAAAGCCCGCUACGGCUGCUGGUUGACGCGGAGAACUGCCUCCACCGGCUCUAUGGGGGCUUCUACACCGACUGGGUGAGCGGCGGGCAGUGGAACCACAUGCUUGGGUACCUGGCCGCCCUCGCCAAGGCCUGCUUCAACGGUAACAUUGAGCUGUUGGUGUGCUUCAAUGGCGCCAUGGAGAAGGGCCGUCUUCACGAGUGGGUCAAACGACAGGUGAACGAGAGACAGACGGCUCAGCAGAUUGUCAGCCACAUCCAGAAUAAGGGGACCCCUCCGCCGAAGGUCUGGUUCCUUCCCCCGGUGUGCAUGGUCCAUUGUAUCCGGCUGGCCCUACUCAGGUUCCACAUUGGGGUCGUCCAGAGUAUCGAGGACCACCACUUGGAGGUGAUAUCUCUGUGCAGGGAGAACGGGUUCCACGGCCUGGUGGCGUACGACUCGGACUACGCGCUCUGUAACAUCCCCUACUACUUCUCUGCCCACGCCCUGAAGCUGAGUCGCAACGGGAAGAGCCUGACCACCUCCCAGUACCUGAUGCAUGAAGUGGCCAAACAGCUGGACCUCAACCCCAAGCGCUUCGCCAUCUUCGCUUCUCUUUUAGGUAACCACAUACUGCCUGAUGAAGACUUGGCUGCCUUUCACUGGAGUCUCCUGGGUCCAGAACAUCCACUAGCAUCGCUCAAGGUGCGCGCCCACCAGCUAGUGCUUCCGCCGUGUGACGUGGUGAUUAAGGCAGUGGCUGACUAUGUUCGAAACAUGACGGACUUCUGCGACCUGGAGGCCAUCGCUAACGACAUCUUCAGACACUCACAGUCCAGGACUGAUGACAAAGUUGUCCGCUUUAAGAAAGCAGUGGAAUACUACUCAGCAGCCAGCAAGUCGCCACACUUCUCACCUUACCAAGUUGGACCAAACCAUACAGGAGCUCCUGCAGUUCAGCCACACUAUGCAGCUCUAACUCCGCCUCCUCAGACGCUCCACAUUCCACGUCCUCCCCUGACUGGGAAACCUGGGGUCCAGCCUGCCUACACAGCCCCGCCGGUCGUAGAGCCUGGCCCGGGGACUGGCCCUAGUGGUGACCCUGGUCCUGGUACUGCGGUCUCUGCUUCUGGUCUGGCUGUGGAGCCAGCGGUGGGGAAUGCCCUGGCAGAGCAGAUUCCAAGCAGCUUCGGCAACAUUCCUCCUAAAGAGAAGCACACACCGCUGUACGAGAGGUCUUCUCCCAUCAACCCCUCUUUUCCCCCGGGGGGCACGGUCGCCACCAGCCCCGUCUCCUCCACCAGCCCCGCCUCCUCCUCGGAGAACGAGGACAACACAGGCUUCACUGCCAAUCAUGUAAGUGACCAUAAAGGAGGAUGGGACAAACCAUCAGAGAGCACGGCAGAGGGGGAGCUGGGAGGAUGGGACAAACCAUCAGAGAGCACGGCAGAGGGGGAGCUGGGAGGAUGGGACAAACCAUCAGAGAGCACGGCAGAGGGGGAGCUGGGAGGAUGGGACAAACCAUCAGAGAGCACGGCAGAGGGGGAGCUGGGAGGAUGGGACAAACCAUCAGAGAGCACGGCAGAGGGGGAGCUUGGAGGAUGGGACAAACCAUCAGAGAGCACGGCAGAGGGGGAGCUGGGAGACCAAACCAAGGCUGUCCCAACGGUGACCUCUCCUGUGGGUCAGGGCUUAGAGGUCAUGGGUCAUCUGAACGCCCAGAUCCCGUCUUUGCUGUCAAUGCCAACCAGGAACCACAUGGACAUUAACCCCCCGCUCCCCACAGUGGCUCCAGAGGUCCUCAGAGUGGCCGAGCACAGACACAAGAAGGGCCUAAUGUACCCCUACAUCUACCACAUCCUUACUAAGGGAGAGAUAAAGCUAUCCGUCACCAUAGAGGACGAGGCCAACCAUGAGCUCCCGUCAGCAGUGCAGCUGUUCAGGCCCAUCCGGCAGUAUGUCUACGGGGUUCUCUUCAGCCUGGCUGAAGCCAAGAAGAAGGCUGAUAGACUAGCCAUGAGGCGCAACCGUCUGCCUGAAUACCCCCCCGUGGUAGUGAAGGAGUGGGCGGCCUACAAGGGGAAGUCCCCACACACCCCAGAGCUGGUGGAGGCCCUGCCCUUCAGAGAGUGGACCUGUCCUAACCUGAAGAAGCUGUGGCUGGGCAAGUCUGUGGAGGAGAAGAAUGGGAGGAUGAGAGCCUUCCUGGCCUGUAUGAGGUCAGACUCCCCAGCCAUGCUCAACCCAGCCUGCGUUCCCACACAACUCUUGGUUCUCUGCUGUGUGUUGAGGUUUAUGUUGCAAUGGCCAGGAGUAAGAGUUUUGCGUGGUAAGGAACUUGACGCGUUCCUAUCCCAAGCACUUUCUCCUAAACUGUAUGAGCCUGAACAGCUGCAGGAACUCAAGAUUGAUAACCUGGACCCUCGCGGCGUCCAGCUGGCUGCUCUCUUCAUGAGCGGCGUGGACAUGGCCUUAUUGGCCAACGACGUGUGUGGCCAGCCAAUCCCCUGGGAGCACUGCUGCCCCUGGAUGUACUUUGAUGGCAAGCUGCUGCAGAGCAAACUGAUCCGGGCCAUUCGGGACAAGGCCCCGCUCAUCGACCUCUGUGAUGGUCAGGUGGAUCAGGUGAACAAGGUGAAGAAAAUGAGGCAGAGCAUCCUGGAGGGGCUUAACUUCUCCCGCCCCCCCCACCCCAUGCCUUUCCCCCCCCCUCCUCCCCCCCACGCCAUGCCUUUCUACCCCCCAGGGGGAGCCUUCUACCCCCCACCCCACAUGAUGCCGCUACAGGGCAGGUGCAGGGGCAUGGGCAUGGGCAUGCCUGGCCUGCCAAGCAUGUCCUCCCAGGGCGGGAAGCUGGAGAUAGCGGGCACGGUGGUGGGCCAGUGGGCUGGCAUCAGACGGGGCCGAGGCAGAGGAGGCUUCCCCAUCCAGGUGGUCUCUGUCGGGGGACCAAGCAGAGGGCGUCUGCGGGGUGUGAUCUCCACCCCUGUCAUCAGGACCUUCGGUCGAGGAGCCAAAUACCCCCUCAGAGGCUUCAAGAGCCAGGGAACAUACCAGGUGGGACAGGGCACAUACCAGAGUAAGCCUGCCUACUCCUUAGCCAGUGAGGUGAAGGAGAGGAAGAAGCUCAAGACGGAGGAGAAGGAGAAAUCCCCCGUUCUGCUGUCCUCUGACGGGUCCACUACGGAGAAUGGACUGGAGGAGAGGGAGGAGGAGGGAGUGGAGGAGAGGGAGUUGGAGCAGCUGAAAGGUCAGGCCGCGGAGGAGCGAGAAAGCAGGGCUCCGAAUAUCCAACCAGAAAGUGCCUUUAGCAGCGACUCCAAGAUGUGCAAUACUAACCCCCAUCUAAAUGCACUAAACACAGGCAGCGCCUGUCUCAGAGACGCAGCAGAACCUCUGAGCGCCGCCGACUCUGUCUUGCAAACAGAAGAGUAAAAAUAAAAAAAGAUUUUUGUAGAGAAGGACAAGUGAGAGGGUCUAUGUAAGGAAUAUCUGGAAGCCUACCAUCACUGUUACAUAUUUAUGCAUCCCAAAUGGCUCCCCAUGCAGUGCACUGCUUUUGACCAGAGACCCCAGGGUUAUACUUACCAGAGGGCUCUGGUCUAAAGUAGUGCACUACGUAGGGAACAGGGUGCCAUUUGGAAGACAUCCAUCUUUUCCUCUCGGUAGAGAAAACAUGAGGACAUGAAAUUCAGACCCCUUUUCGAUGAUGUCAGCCAGAUAAAAACCAGAAUUAUGAGGAUUUCUCCUUUUAAUAAGCCGAGUGAUAUGACCAGACCAGUCCUAAACAGAAUAAAUACUACUACUAUAAAGAGCACUAUGCCAGUCAGUCCACUCUACACUCUCUCCACUGAUAUCAACAUGAUACUACCAUGAUACAGCCAUGGGGCCGUGUCCCAAAUGUGACACCCUAUUCCCUAUAUAGUGCACUACUUUUGACCAGGGACCAUAGGGUUGACAAGAGCGUUUGACAGGGACCAUAGGGAUAAUGAUACUUCCCACAGGGCUCUGGUCAAAAGUAGUGCACUAUAUAGGGAAUAGGGAUUUAUUUGAGACGCGAUCCCAUGUCUCAGACUAGUAAAGAGAACGUUAAUUUUUAUCAUUUUUCUUAAGAUAAUUCUGAAGCCGGAACUACAAUGCUUUUGUCUCUUUUAGUUCCUUAUAGGUUGAGAUGCUCUUCCAGUACUUACUUGGCGCCAUAUAUUUGCCAUUGUAACUUUGUUGUCACAGUAAAUAACGUUUUGAGACUUAAACAACCGAGAAGCGGAUAGAGCCACAGAUUGCUUCCCAAAUGGCACCCUAGUCCCUAUAUAGUGCACUACUUUAGACAUAGAUAGAUGAAAAUUGAUAGAUUUAUUUGAUAAUUUAAAACACAACCACACGUGUAUAAUGCAUUUAAAAAUCAUAAACGUAUUUACAUUGUGGUCCUCUUAAAUAAAUACAACAAGUAAUUGAAAAAGAAAUAUAGGUUACAAUUGUAGCAACUGGCUAGAUCCAGUCUGUUUAGAUCCGCUAGAUCCAGUCUGUUUAGAUCCGCUAGAUCCAGUCUGUUUAGAUCCACUAGAUCCAGUCUGUUUAGAUCCGCUAGAUCCAGUCUGUUUAGAUCCGCUAGAUCAAGUCUGUUUAGAUCCACUAGAUCCAGUCUGUUUAGAUCCGCUAGAUCCAGUCUGUUUUAGUUAUUCUUGAAGCCUCCAGCAGAUGGGCGGCCACGGUCUUGAGGAUCUGGAAGUUCAUAGCUGUACGGUAGAGGGUCAGAGGAGGUGGUGGUCACUCUGGUCAGAGGAGGAGGUGGUCACUCUGGUCAGAGGAGGAGGUGGUCACUCUGGUCAGAGGAGGAGGUGGUCACUCUGGUCAGAGGAGGAGGUGGUCACUCUGGUCAGAGGAGGUGGUGGUCACUCUGGUCAGAGGAGGAGGUGGUCACUCUGGUCAGAGGAGGAGGUGGUCACUGGUCAGAGGAGGUGGUGGUCACUCUGGUCAGCAUGUCCAAGGGCAGGCAGGCAGUUCCAUGUCAUCAAGGCGUCCCCCGUCGUCUGCAGCUUCUUCCUCUGUAUUGGGGCUCUGAGAUGAAGUUUGAUCUUCCCUCAGAGUACAGGCCGCUCCUUAUAACAUCAGAAGCAAUGAAAAAGCCGUCCCACUGACAACUCUGCAUGCAUAGCCUACAGUCCUCCUCUUGGGUCGCCGUUGGUGGAAAACCAGUAAUGUCACCCUUGAUACAAGUCAGUAUUCGACGUCCAUCAAUGUCUGAGGACGUCGGGAGAUGACAUGGAAACCGGCCACUAGGG